CACAGGCACGAGUGCAGGGAGCCCCUGUAGCAGUGGCCUGGCUUCCUGGGGCCCCAGCCUGGCUUGUUUAUAGAGCCAUAGUGGGUGGGAGGGGGUGCUGGCACGAUGUACCCUAACCAACAGGCCCACGGAGCACAUGGUUAGCAUUCCUGCUUUGAAUGGGCUAGGGAGCGAGUCACAUCGUCCCACUGGCCCAAGGGGGCGGGCAGGAAUAGCAAGGAGAGGGCACUAGGUAUUCCAGGGCCGAAAUGCCAGGGCUGGGCUCGAGAGAGCCUGGGGAGGGUGGUAUCACACCCACCUGCCCUUGGCCAUGGCUCUGCGGAGUGCUAGCUGGAAGAGUAUGGGCAGGUCAUGGGGAUUCUCUGGCUCAGUGUUCUUUUUGCACAGGCAUAGUAAACACAGUGCCUAUCAGCAUGCAAGAUGGCAGCCGUAGCACUCCUGACAAUGCUGAUUGUUACAGCACCAUGUUAUCCUCCUACAAGAGCUGGUACCCAUCCCGACCAAAACGCUGGGUCUCAGCUACCUUGGCACCCACAGGCUCUUGGCUGAGCUGUGCAGGCCCCAGGCAGAGGAGCAGGGGCACUGCCUCCCCACAGCAGGUGCAUGCAGGCCCGUGACUCUGCUCCUUUGCAGGUGAAUUCUCCCCUUGCCCCACGGAUGCUUCCUACUGGCUGUAAGCUUCCCACCAUCAGCCUGCAGGGCAGGGAGGCCAGCAGCAGCGUGACCAAGGCCUCACUAGGAAGGUGGCCAAGAACAACACAGGGAGCAGGACCAUCUUCCCUCCUCAACUCUGCAGAUCACAGUGACCCCUCCCCACCCUCCAGGCCUCCCUCAGUAACCUCAGUAUUAAGAGGAGGACCUCCAUGGGACCGUCACCUCAGCUUGGUUCGGGAGCACCAAUGCCCACCCCAAGAGGAGCCAGCAUUCCCUCCGGCCUUGGGCAGCAGCAGUGGGCUGGUCCUGGGGGUCUGGAAAAACUGCAGCUUUGGUGGAAGUUUGGGCCACAGCCUGCAAGGAUCCCAGGAGGACACAAAGGGACUCUCCCGGCGACCGCUGCCGACGGCCGGAGUGGCCGACCCAUCGCCACUGGCCGGAGCAAUGGUGCCACCUAGCGGACAGUGUCGGGGCAGCCCACGGUAACGGCGGCGGGGACCCCAACCUCCAGGAGGCGCUAUUGGAGGAUUGGGGUGCCGCUUCAGCACCAGCGUGGGUCGGACAGCGCCUCCUACCCUCGAAACCUGGCUUCGGAACCCCUCGGUUGGGACCCAAAGGCGGGGCCAGAUGGAGCUCCGAACCUCUCUUGACCACUGUAGUUUACAAAGCUACGAUUUGAUAACUGCCGCUCUCCGUUCUCUAAACCCCUCUUCCCUCCUUGGUCGGACGGCGGUGGGGAUUAAGGCAGCCUGGUGCUGCAGCGAGGAGGGUCACACAUUUGACGGCUCAUGCCACACUCCCAGAGGCUAGUUUGAGGUUUUACUAAUAGGGUCCCUGAAGAGGGCUGGGGACAGGACAGAGGAGCUCCUGCACAUCCGAUAACCUGCAAGCUAAUCUCAGUCUCCGGUACCGAGGCACACACACAUAUAUGUGGGCCGGCGCUAGGACCCAAGGGAGCCAGGAAGGCGGAAAGCUAGUAGGGGAGGAGCCGACGUCAUCGGCCGGCUCUAGGGCCGCUCGGAGUUCCGGUGGUGGGCGGGCCACACUAGGCGCGCGCAGGCGCAGACUGC